UAAAUGAUUAUCGUUGACAAUUUUUGCGAUACUACACCUAGGCUGAUUUAGUAGGUGUACUGUUAUUACUUGGAACUCAUAGAGGAUAUUAUAUAAAACACCACGCGCUAUUGUUUAGUGUAAACACACACUCUUGUCAAACAGAGGCAAAAUCUCUGCGUAGGCUAUACUAAAUGUAACGACGUGCUGCUGCUGCUGCUGCUGAUGAUAAACAAAUGACGUGCGUCAAGACGUGUGAAUUUCCCAGUGAAGAAAACUGAAGCUGCUGUGCUAUGAUAUAAUGUCCCGGGGAAGAAGUGAAAAAUUAAGGCAAAAUAAAUAAAUAAAAUAAAAUAAAAUAAAAUAAAAUAAAAAUGCCGCCAAACCCGCGUAGGGAAAUUAUGAAUUGAGGUACAAGCACGCGCUGUAUUAAAAAAUAAUGUCCGAGACAGGAAGUAGUACCUCUGUGUCCACCCCCACAGACAUGCGGCAUGGAAACAAAUGUGAGGGCGUGCGUGUGUGUUGAAACAGCACUCUAAAAUUAUCUAAAGCUGCGGAACGGAUCGAGGUUAUGUGGUGUGUUUUUCGUGGUAAUGGUUUGGUGCAGAAAUGCGAGCUCGCUGUUGACUGUGUGCGCGAGUUUCCGUGUGUAUCCUUACGCGCUCGAGCGGCCGUUAAGAGCUGCGCGCUGAUUGGCUGCAGCCAAGGAGGACGCUUUAAUACUUAUGGUGCUGUGGUUGGCUGCAGACUGUAAAGGUUCAAGCAAUUUUUUUUUACAGCUUAGUGUCUGUGGCACCGUAAUUAAUUGUAGCUAGCCGUCUCUUAUCGAUGCGUUUGGAAGGAACAUGAAAUAGCAGUUGUGUUGUGGUGUUUUUUUUUUCUUUUUUAAUCAAAGGACUUUACCGGUCGGCCUUAGAGAUUAGAGAUCCAAUUGUGCUGCUGCUGCUGCUGCUGCUGCUACUGCUGCUGCUGGUGGUUACUAUUUCUACCUUUACGUGUGAUGUUGGAUAUGGGAGAACGGAAAGAAGUGAAAAUGAUUCCCAAAUCAUCGUUCAGUAUAAACAGCCUGGUGCCUGAAGCCGUCCAGAGUGACAACCACCACAGGACCAUCCCCGAAGAAGAAGAGAAAAUCCCUUUACCUAUAGCACAGGACACGAAGUCGGAGAACACUUGCGCUAAAAGUGACAAUUCUGAGCCAACGGACGAUAAGGAAAAACAGGAGGAAAAAAAAGACUCCAAAGAGGGCGAAGGAGGCAAAGACGGCGAAAAGAAAAACGGCAAGUACGAGAAACCUCCCUUUAGCUAUAACGCCUUAAUCAUGAUGGCCAUCAGGCAAAGUCCGGAGAAACGGUUAACGCUGAACGGCAUUUACGAGUUCAUUAUGAAAAAUUUUCCAUACUACCGGGAAAACAAGCAAGGCUGGCAGAACUCCAUCAGGCACAACCUAAGUUUGAACAAGUGCUUUGUCAAAGUUCCGCGGCAUUACGAUGACCCGGGCAAAGGGAACUACUGGAUGCUCGACCCUUCGAGUGACGACGUGUUCAUCGGCGGCACGACGGGAAAACUUCGGCGGAGAUCGACCACGUCACGGGCCAAGCUGGCGUUCAAGCGCGGCGCACGGCUCACCUCCACUGGCCUCACAUUCAUGGAUAGAGCUGGCUCUCUAUACUGGCCCAUGUCGCCCUUCCUUUCGCUGCACCACCCCAGGGCAAGCGGCGCCCUGAGCUACAACGGCACGUCCUCGGCCUACCCGAGCCACCCGAUGUCCUAUAGCACCAUGCUGACGCAGAACGGUUUGAGCAACAACCACUCGUUCCCGUCCUCGAACGGCCUGAGCGUGGACAGACUCGUGAACGGAGAGAUCCCGUACGCCACGCAUCACCUGACGGCGGCAGCACUGGCCGCAUCUGUGCCCUGCGGCCUCUCAGUGCCCUGCUCAGGGACGUACUCUCUCAACCCGUGCUCAGUGAACCUCCUGGCGGGACAGACCGGCUAUUUCUUUCCCCAUAUGCCGCAUCCUUCCAUGAGUUCGCAGGGCAGCACGUCGAUGAGUUCUCGCACAGCUUCUUCUUCGUCGCCGCAGGCGGCUGCGUCUCUCCCGUGCGAGUCGUUAAGGCCUACACUACCGAGCUUCUCGUCGGGACUUUCCGCCGGACUGUCUGAUUACUUCACACAUCAGAACCAAGGCUCUACGUCCAAUCCUCUUAUACACUAA